AUGGACUAAUAAAUUGCACUUUAUCUGAAAAUGAUAUCCUACUAUGAACAGAAAUUAUAAACGAUCAAAUAAACUCUAUACUCUAAUAAUAUUGACAAUAUCCAUCGAUCUUUUGAGUUGUUGUCGAACAACGAAGAUACUAUUACUAAAAAUAAUUUGUUAAACUUUUUUGUUUAGAAUCUCCAACCUAUAAAUUACAAAGAUAUUAUUGAAUUUAUAUGGUUCAUAGGUGAUAAAGAAAGAUUCACUGUCAGCAAAUAACAAUUUCAGGUAAUAGUUAAUUUUUAAAAAGGUUAGAAUUACUUAACGAAACUUUUAUUACACAAGUCAAACACUAUUAUUGAUCAUACUAAUAGUGAUCUUUAAGUUCAGCUCCUAAAACUCCUCAUCCAAUAGAUACGAGUGAUCAAACAAAUCAAGGAUAGCAAAUUGUAAAUAAUUAACAAUGAUGAGUUCAAUAUAUUUAAAGUAAUCUUUUAAAUCUCUAUUAUAGAUCUUUUAAAAUCUUAGUGGCAAUAAUGAAAUCAUCAAUUGUUCUAGUGUUAUGAAUUAUAUGAAAAACAAUAAAGUUCAAUUUAACAACUUUGAUUUUGAUUUACUCACUUUUGCUACAUUUGGUAAGAAAUGCAAUAUAAGUUUCGAUCAAUUUUAAGAAAGUUCUUUGUUUUCAAUUAACAUUUCAAAUAAAUAGUAUAUUAAAUCAAGAGAAAUACCAGAAGAAAAAUAGAUGACUCAUUCUUACAUCAUUAAUCUAAGCAAAUCUAUAAUCUAAUAAUAAUAAUUAAUGCCAAUUAGUGAAGCAAGUAGCAUAAUUGAAUUCAAAGCCUCAGAACUAAAACCAAAAUCAAAAAGAUAUUAAGAAUAAACUAAUGUACCAAGACCGUAUUGA